CAUUAUCCAUUAGUUUAAUACGUAUCAUAGUAUUGCAAUCUUAUUUAUUUUUUAUUUAUUUAUUUUGUUUUGUGUUUUUCGUGAUUUUCACUUUAGUUUCAUGUGUUGUUUUCAUAUCAAAAGUUUUUUCAUAACUAUAUAUGUGAUUCUAACUUAAAGAAAUAUAAGUUCGACAAACGAUAAAAUGAUUAUUUACCUAACUAUUUGUAACAUAUUUUUCAUUUCAUUUGCAUCUUCAAACAGUAUAAGUCCUCUUCCAAUUAAAACGGUUUCUAAUCAGACUGACUCGUCCACGUCGUUACAACUUCAUGAGCAACAUAAUAAAACAAAGUUAAUAAUUCCAAGUGAAGGGGGUACCCUUUUGACUAAUCUUCCUGUGACAUUAGCGAAGGAUAAUCAACCACUAUUAUUGAGCCUAGACAAAGAUCAAGUUAAAAAUAAAGAAAAGUCUGUUGUGGCCAGAAAAGGAGUUAAAUAUGUGCCCAAAGAUGAUAGUAGUCUUGAACAUGACAAUAGUAUACAGAAUGUAGAUAAUAAAACAGUUUCCAUUGAAACCACUCUUUUCAAAAAUGCUACUAAACCAUUGAGUAAUAUUGGAAAUGUGCCUAAUGCAGAGAAACUUCCCCCUAUUACUAAAAUUCACAAACCUUUAGUGUUAUCAUCUGAACUGCUGGAUAAGAGUGGUCAAACUAUUGAAAUUGAACCAAAUAUCAGAGUAAACAAAAUUAAUGAAAACAGUCGACCAGAUCUUAUAAUGCCGAUUGUGAUUACAAUUUUAGUUGUACCAAUGUUUGCAGUUGUGGGCUAUAUGGCUUUGAAGAGAGGCAAAGAGGCUUGGAAAAAUCGACAUUAUAAAAGAAUGGAUUUUCUUUUGGAUGGCAUGUAUAAUGACUAAAGAAAUAAUUUUUAAUGUACUUGAAUAAGGUUUAUUAACAUCAAUUAUAUCAAGCAAAGUAAUAUUCUCAAAAUAUGUUUAUAGAAAAUGAAAACUUUGAAAUUAUGCACAUCUUUGUCUGCUUAACUUAUUUAUAAUUAUAUCCAAAGACAUUUGGUGAGAAAAGGUUGCCUUUAUGAAGAUUUAGUGAUAUGUGAAGUGUGGGAGUAUAUUUGAUAUUAAAUUUUGCAUUUAGUAAAAAAAGAAUGGGGGAUGAUAUUCAUAUUUUGAUAAAUGAAUAGAUAGAAAUUUUUUAUAGCAAUAAUGUGGUGCUAUUUAAUAAAGUGCCUUGGUGAUAUGAACAAUGUUUUGCAUGUUGUGAAUAUAAUAUUUUUAUAUUUUACAUUAUAAUGCAAAUUUAUGCUAAAUUGUCUUCCAUUGUAAGAAAUAAUAUGUGAUAUACUCAAAACUAACUUAAUAUCAAAACAGUUAGUUGGUUUUUGUAUGUUUUACAUAUAAUAUUAAAAAUAUAUUAUUUACUCAA